CAGCCACGAUGACAAUGAUGCCCUCUCUCCUCUCUGCAGCCCUGUUGCUCUCACUGCUUCCUUGGACUUUGACUGAAGCACCGCCAAUGAUUCCCAUUGCUAUAAUGGUGAAGAACACCUUACAAAACAAACCUCUACAAACCUACAAGACUGAAGUGAUUAGUGGGGGGAUCCUGCUGGGUGCGAUGAAGAGACUCAGUGACUCCGAUGCAGACUUCAAAUUCACCUACAGUGACAAUGACAACUAUGGGCCUUAUCUGGAGAGUGUGAAUGGUGUUGCUGGGAAUAAUGAAGCUCGUACCUACUGGCAGCUGCUGGCCAAUGUCACAAACAGUGAAUUCAAACCAACCGAAGUUGGCAUCGGCUGUAUCAUUCCCAGCCCACAUCAGCAAAUCAUCCUGAACUUCACAGUGUGGUAAAUAUUCAUCAGUCUGAAUGCAACAGAAUGACUUCAAAGGCUGAUCCUGG